AUGAUCCCUUCAUCUUCUCCUGUUAUGACGAUUUUCAUCGAUGGAGUUCCUUAUUGCAUUCCGAUUCACAUUGUUUUUUUCUUGUUCUACGACUACCUGUUACCAAUUGUUCCUGUCUACUUCGCAAAGAAGAAGGAAGUUAUCUAUAUGACAGUUAUUGAUAUCUGCUGUCGGAUUCGGAAUCAUGGUCACUACGUCUGCAGCACCUGGGGGAACUAUCAUUUUAAAACCUUUGAUGGUGCCUUUUACCAGUUUCCUGGCAGCUGUAGCUACAACAUGGCCUCACAUUGCCAAGACUCCUAUCAAGAUUUCUCUGUCCAUGUUCACCGUUUACUGGCCAAUGGUCACCCAUUUAUAGACAAGAUCACCAUCUCCAUCAAAGAUGUUAUUGUUCAGAUGAAAAAGAACUUAGUAGUACUGAAUGGGGCCAUCAUCAAGACACCUUAUUACAGCUUUGGAAUUCUUAUUCAUGAGAACGAUGCCUAUUUUAAGAUGUACGCAAAGGCAGGCCUGACCCUCAUGUGGAAUAGAGAAGAUGCUGUCAUGUUGGAGUUGGACCCAAGGUUCAACAAUCAUACAUGUGGCCUCUGUGGGGAUUAUAAUGGGGACCCUAAAAAUAGUGAAUUCCUGUUCGAGGAUAGAACUUUCAGCCCUAUUACAUUUGGAAAUCAGCAGAAUGUAAAUGAUCCAAAUGAAGUGUGUUUAGACACAGAGGAAACUGAAGUCAUCAACCCAGAAAACUGUUCUAAAUAUCGCUCUGCUUGUGAAGAACAUCUAGGCCAUGCUGCAUUCUCUGACUGUAUGACAUUUCUGAAACUGGAACCUUACAUCAAGGCUUGUAUGAUAGACAUGUGUUCCUGUGAUCACUCUCAAGACUCCUUCUGCCUGUGUAGUACCAUAACAGAGUAUUCCAGACAAUGCUCUCAUGCUGGAGGACGCCCAGGAAACUGGAGAAGCUCUAAAUUUUGUCCUAAACAAUGUCCAGCUAAUAUGGUUUAUCAAGAAAGUGCCUCCCCUUGCAAGAACUCCUGUUCCCACCAAGAGAUACACAGCCUGUGUGAGGAGCAUUACAUGGAUGGCUGCUUCUGUCCUGAUGGUACGGUGCUAGAUGACUACACUGACAGGGGCUGCAUACCAGUUACCAAGUGCCAUUGCAAACACCAAGGAAAACUCUAUGCUCCUGGAGAAUCAAUUAAAAAGGAUUGUGAUAAAUGUCGCUGUGUUGCUGGAAGAUGGAAUUGCACAGAUCUCCCCUGCCCUAAAGUUUGCUCCAUUGAAGGGGGAGCCCAUUUUACCACUUUUGAUGGGAAGACGUAUACUUUUCAUGGGAACUGUAACUAUGUGCUGUUAAAGGCAAGGUGUAGACUAGAAAAUAGAACAAAUCUUAUCCUGGGCAAUCUAGUACCCUGCAGGUCCUCAGGGAAAGAGACUUGUCUCAGUUCUGUUACAUUAGUCACAGACAACCAGAAAAGUGUUGUGAUGUUCAGAGCGGAUGGAACAGUUUUCCUGAAUAACCUUAAAGUUACGCUGCCGCAUUUCACAGACAAUUUUUCAAUACUGCAGCCAUCUAAACACCAUAUUAUUGUUCAAACUAUCCAUGGCCUCCAAAUGCAAAUUCAACUAUUACCAAAAAUGCAGCUGUACAUCACCACGGAGAAAACUUCCAGAAAACCACUACAAGGUCUUUGUGGGAAUUUUAACUCUAAGGAAGUAGAUGACUUUACAACAUCAGGAGGACUUGUAGAAGCCACAGCAUCAGCCUUUGCCAACUCGUGGAAGGGCCUAGAUUCUUGCCAAGACAUUUCCGACCGACUGGAUUCCCCUUGCAGUGUCAGCAUUGAGAACAAAAAUUACGCAGAUUAUUGGUGCUCUAAGUUGGAAAACAAUGAGUCUGUUUUUGCUAAAUGUCAUUCCGCCAUAGACCCAUCUGAAUAUGCAAAGAGGUGCCGCUAUGAUUCAUGUAACUGUAAGGAGAGUGAGCAGUGCAUGUGCGCAGCUCUCUCCUCCUACGUCAGAGCCUGCGCUGCUAAAGGGAUCAUUCUGUGGGGAUGGAAGAAGGGAAUUUGUGACAAGGAUAUCACAUCCUGCCCGUCUAGCCAAAUCUACCUUUAUAACUUGACCACAUGCCAGCUGACCUGCCGAUCUCUGGCAGAGGGCGAGAAGGUUUGUUCCAGUGUGUUUACCCCAGUAGAUGGCUGUGGGUGUCCAGAUGGGCAGUACCUAAAUGAAAAGGACCAAUGUGUACCCAAGUCAAAGUGCUCCUGCCACUAUCGUGACACCUACCUGAAACCUCAGGAGAGAAUCACCACAAAGGAUAGGCAGUGUAUCUGCCAAAAUGGGAAUCUUGUCUGCCCCAGUCAAGUCAAUAAAACUUGUUCUGGAGGAAAAGUUUACUUUGACUGUAACAAAAAUCAGUCCUUGCCUUCAAGAACCACUAUCCACAGAAGCUGCAAGACUUUGAGUGUUGAAUACUUCCAGACAGAGUGCAUCUCAGGGUGUGUUUGCCCCAAUGGACUUCUAGAUGAUGGAGCCGGAGGUUGUGUCCCUGAAGACAGAUGCCCUUGUGUCCAUAAUGAAGACAUUUAUCCUCAUGGAACUCAGGUCAAAGUGGACUGCAAUACAUGCUUAUGUCAGAGAGGAAGAUGGACAUGUACAGAUACUGUCUGCCAUGGAACAUGUACGAUCUAUGGGAACGGUCAUUAUAUCACAUUUGAUGAUAAAAUUUAUGACUUUGAUGGGAAUUGUGAGUUUGUGGCUGCCCAGGACUACUGUGAGACUGAGAGUUCUGGUGGCAGCUUCAGUGUCCUCACAGAGAACAUCCCAUGUGGUACCACUGGAGUUACAUGUUCAAAGUCUGUCAAAGUCUUUCUGGGGAAUACCAUGCUGAAAUUAUCAGAAAAACAUGUAGUGAAGACUGUCGGAGAAGGAGGAAAACACAUCGAUUAUCUAACUCGAGAGGUGGGAAUUUAUUUGGUCAUUGAGGCAAGUAAUGGAAUUCUGCUGAUUUGGGACAAGAAAACCACCAUAUUCAUCAAGGUGUCACCAGCAUAUAAGGGAAAACUGUGUGGUUUGUGUGGAAAUUUUGAUGAUAAUUCCCAAAAUGACUUUAAAACAAGACACAUGAUACAAGUCAUUGAUGUCCUGGAAUUUGGAAACAGCUGGAAGGUGGACGCCACAUGUCCUGAUGCUACAGAUGUAGUCAACCCCUGCAGUCAGAAUCCUCAUCGCCAUUCCUGGGCUGAGAAACAAUGUAGUCUAAUCAAAAGCCACAUUUUUAAAAUCUGCCAUAGCAAGGUUGAUCCAAAACCAUUUUAUGAGGCCUGUGUAAAUGAUGCCUGCUCAUGUGACAGCGGGGGAGACUGUGAAUGCUUCUGUACUGCUGUCGCUGCCUAUGCUCAGGAAUGUACCAAAGCAGAAGCCUGUGUCUACUGGAGGACCCCAGACAUAUGCCCCAUAUUUUGUGACUACUACAACCCUAUGGGUGAAUGUGAGUGGCACUAUCACCCAUGUGGAAACCACAGUGUACAAACAUGCCGGUCUAUUAACCACAUUUACACUAAUGUUACCAUUACCUAUCUGGAAGGCUGCUACCCAACUUGCCCAAAGAAUAAGCCUAUUUUUGAUGAGGUAAACAAGAAAUGUGUGACCAGGGAUGAGUGUGGUUGCUAUAUUAAUGAUGUUCAUCACAAAUCUGGAGCAGAAGUUCCUUAUUAUAAGAAAUGUUAUAAAUGUGUCUGCGCAUCUAAUGGAAACAUUUCCUGUAAAAAACUAGAUGACUCUUCUUGUUCCAGUACAACACCCCUCACAACCACAUCUAUUACCCCUGCCACCAUCUCUCCAACUGCAGCCACAGAGGAUUGUACACCUGUCUGCUCCUGGUCUAAAUGGCUUAGCUCCAGCAUUCCUUCAUUUGCAUCUAGAGGGGAUUAUGAAACAUAUGACAACAUCAGGAAGGCUGGAUAUGAUGUGUGUGGAAGUCCACAGAAAAUUUCCUGCAGAGCAAAGCAUAGGCCAAAUAAGAACUUAUACAGUCUGGGGCAAAUCGUGGUAUGUGACAUCUCUUAUGGGCUUAUCUGUUACAACAAAGAACAGCGCCCUCUGCCUAUUUGUUAUGACUAUGAGAUUAGAGUGUACUGCUGUACAGUAUCUAAUACUUGUUCAUCUACUACUGGUCCAAAUGGAACUACCACUCCAGCAAGUAUCAUCACUACCAUCAAUAUAAGUGGGACAACCGCACCAACAAUUCUGAUGUCGAAAAGCCCACCGACCACCAAGUCUUUAACAGUGACCAGGCCAACCUCUAGCAUUUCACAGUAUGAGACUUCUACACCUACACCUGGUCCAACGGUCGUGAACGAAACCUCUACUAGCACACAAGAUUGUACACCUAUCUGUUCAUGGUCGCAGUGGUUUAGUGUGAGUUAUCCUACAUAUGAAUCUGGAGGGGAUUAUGAAACGUACCAUAAUAUCAGGCAGGCUGGAUAUGAUGUCUGUGAGACACCAUUGCAUAUUUCCUGCAGAGCCAAACGCCAUCCAAACACUGCACUACAUGAACUGAGGCAGAAGGUGACCUGUGAUGUCUCCUAUGGUCUGAUCUGUAUUAACAAAGAGCAGGACAUCGUGCCUAUGUGUGAAGAUUAUGAGAUUUCCGUCUACUGCUGCAAAGUGCCGGAUAUGUGCUUACAUACUACCCCUCGAAGCUUGGAAUAUAAGUCCAGCAUUCCAGUUAUUAUCAGUACUAGCAGUGCUGGGACAAACGCAACCACAACAUGGACAUUAACAAGGACCACAAAGAUCAGUAAAACAAGUUCUCAUACAUCAAGCUCCACAUCACAUGUCACCUCUUCUCCAACUAAAACAUUUGGUAUAGGCAUCAAGACGCCGCAAGUUACAUCUAAAACAACUUUGCAUUUACCACAAGUUCACACUACUAAAACAAGAACAAAGGCAACCACCAUAACAUCUCCUGCUCGUACAAGUAAAGGACCUGAAUCCACACCAGCCUCCACUACUAAAACUCCAUUCACUACCAUCAAACCAUCUCCUACUACUAUAUCUGUCCCAAUCUUAUCAACUUCUCCUCCUACUAAUACCUCUUUUAUACCGUCUACCACUUCCACCAUAACAUUUCCUAAUGCUACUUCAAGUGCAAGUACCAUUGAAAAUAAAUUGACUAGCAGCACCACAUCUACUCCUAAAACAAGGAAAUAUACCUCUUCCAAAUCUGUGGUAACAUCAGUCUCUACUAGUUCAGCAACUAUACCUAUCACAAAUAUAACUAGAGAAUUAUUCACAACCAAUAAAACCCCUUUGACUACUGAUGCUAAUAUAGUUACCUCUACAAAAUUGAUACCAACCACAAAUAUGGAAGUUACCACUGCUGCGUCAAUGAGUUUCUCAACGUCAAGUCAGGGUUCAUAUACACCUACCAAACCUAUGCCAAUCACAACAGCACCUACUGCUACUCGUGCCGCCAGCACAUUUCCUACAGACAAAGUUACAAAAACUAGACAACAUACCGAAAUGACUACUAUUAGUUCCACUACAUCAACUACUGUCACAAGUAAAAUCCCAACAAUUUCUACCCAAAAUGAACUGAUGCAAACAUCAGCCACUCAAGUUUUUACUGCGACCAGCAAUAGAUCCCCUACUAUUACCACCUCCUCUACUAGUAACACUACAAAAAAACAUACACCUGAACCUACUACAGCCUCAGCUGCUUCUAUCACUUCUAGUACUAGAACAGUAGUCACAUCUAUACCAGCCUCGAUGACUGUUACUACUUACUCUAAAACUCUUCCUACUACAAAUAAAACCACUAAAGUAUACACAACUAGGGAUUUUUUAAAAACUUCUUCAACUAAGUCUACAUUAGGCUCCACCCCAAAAGGUAUUUCCACUACAUCACAGAUCUCACGUGAAAGUACCUCAUACACACAUAUAACUCCAGACUCAUCAUCUAAAGCCAAUACUUUUACAUUCACCUCCACAACACCUAUGACAACGAGCAAAGUGACUACAAAAUACAUAAGCAGACCAUCUAGUACUCACCCGGCACUUAGUAAUACUACUACAGCAACUGAAUCUAAUAAUAAUCAACUGACACCUAUAAUUUACAUACCUUCAAAAUCUAUACCUACCUUACCCUCUGAAGCUUCAAGGAUGACUACAGAAGCUACGUCAACUGGUAGCUUCAGAACUGCUACAUCAAGGAGUACGAGUCAUAUGCCAUCUACUAUACCUAAACAACCAACCACACAAAGUACUAGAAAGAGCACAAAUCCCUUUUUAUCAGAGUUCACUACAUCAUCUAUGACAACUACUAGACAAACAAGAACUCCAGGGACAUCUCCUACUGAGCAUUCUAUGAGUGAGGCAUCUACUACUACUACUUCACUACUCACAUCUUCUACUUUACCAACUACUGUAAAGGAGACAAGGAGCUCACAUUGUGUCUGUGUACAUAAUGGAAUCCCAUUCCCCCCAGGAGAAGUUAUUAGCAAAGUAACCAAUGAAACCUGGUGCUACAAAGUCACUUGCAAUAUGGAAUGUAAAACUGAAGUGGAGAAUUGGCUUUGCUCUACAUCUACUCCAUCAAGUACCUCAAUGCCAGCACUGAAAUCAACAUCUUCCCCCAGUUUUCUGAGCACGACUCCACAGGUCUUCUCCACCAUAUACAGCACAGCACAAAGACGUUCAAGUGCCAGUGUGAUCACUUCUAUGGUAUCAUCAACAACUGAGAGACAUGGUUGCUCAUUUGAGAAAUUUCGAGAGCCCAAUGAAACAUGGAUGCUGAAUAACUGCACCAUGGCCAAGUGCUUGGAAGACCACACGGUAGAGAUUAUAGAGAUGAAGUGUGAACCUCCACCUGUGAUCACAUGUGCCAAUGGGUACCUACCAAUAGCUGUACCAGAUGACAACCAAUGCUGCUGGCACUGGGAGUGUGAUUGUGUAUGUUCCGGCUGGGGAGAUCCACACUACAAGACGUUUGAUGGAACCUAUUACACUUUUCAAGGCAUCUGCACCUACACACUCAUGGAGGAGAUAGAAAAGAAGAAUAACCUAAGAAUCUACAUAGAUAAUUAUGACUGUGGAACAAAUGAUUCAAUGUCCUGUCCUCGUAAAUUGAUUGUUCUCCAUAAUACUCAAGAAAUUCAACUUUUUGUUAGUGAUUUUGAAGACAUUAAUAUACAGGUUUUUGCAAAUGGAGAAAUAGUUGGUACCCCAUACCAGAAAAAUGGGGUUAAAAUUUAUACCUUGGGCAUCUAUUAUGUGGUGGAAAUACCAGAACUAGGAGCUAAUAUUAUAUACAAUGGGUUGGGUUUCUAUAUCAAACUGCCUUAUUACCAUUUUGGUGAUAAUACACAAGGACAAUGUGGCACCUGCACUAACAACCAGUCAGAUGACUGCAGGACACGUGAUGGUAACAUUGUUUCAAAAUGUGAAAUGAUGGCCGAUUCCUGGAUAAUAGAAGAUUCCAAAAAACCUGAAUGUGGCCAAACAAAGACAACAGUGCCCCCUAAUGUGACUGCUGCCCCUACUGUGACUCCUACCUGCCAACCAUCACCACUUUGCAGCCUCCUCAUGGGACCACUAUUCCAGAAAUGCCACAACAUUGUGUUACCAGAUGAUUUUUACGAGGCCUGUGUAUAUGAUAGCUGCCAUGUUUCAAGAUCCAAGAUUGAAUGCUCCAGUCUGCAGCAUUAUGCUCAACUUUGUGGAGAUGAAGGAAUUUGUAUUGACUGGAGGAGUAAAGCCCCAGAAUGCUCCAUGUCGUGCCCCUCACACAAGGUGUACAAUGCCUGUGGUCCAGCAGUACCAAGAACAUGUAAAACCAUCCCAGAGGAAAAUUCAAUAAUGAAAGAUGAUGAACAUUUCGUUGAAGGAUGUUUCUGUCCUCAGGACUCCAUACGCUUCAGUCCAGCUGUGGACAUAUGUGUUAAUACUUGUGGGUGUGUUGGUCCUGAUAAUGUACCACGAAAGUUUGGAGAAAAGUUUCAAUUUGGUUGCCAGGACUGUAUCUGCAUCGAGGGUGGAAGUGGAAUCACUUGUCAAAAACACAAGUGCAAGGAGAUGACUGAAGUGCAUUGUACCUUAGAAGGUUUCUCUUCUGAAGUCCAGAUUAGCCCCACAGACCCCUGCUGUAGAGAGACUGUGUGCAGGUGUGACAAAAGUAGAUGCAAUACCAUGUCUCCCAUCUGUGAGCUGGGCUAUGAAGCUGUUGCUAGCAUUCCAGAGGGGCACUGCUGCUUUCAGUAUGAGUGUGACCAGGGGACAAAAACCUCAGAGGAAAGCUCACAUAGGCUGGAGAAAGAGAAAGGAGCAGAUACAAGGCAGUCUGCUGAAGAGAAUCAUAUAGACUAUAUACAAGUAUAA